UUGGUAUUUGAUUUAGCUGGAACGAGUAACGGAAAUCCAGAGACGACGUCUUUCAUUCUGCCGGCAGUAUUACAGCCAUCUAUCACAGAGUUCGAGAAAUACUAUAUUGGUGCGCAUAAUGGCAGGAAGCUUACAUGGUUGUUCAACAUGUCGCACGGUGAACUACGAUUCACUUAUCUCGAUAAACCUUACUUAGUGUCUAUGAGCGUGCACCAGAUGUCUGUGAUUCUGUGCUUCCAAGACAGAGACACUAUUCCCAUUUCCGACCUAUCUGUUGUGACCGGUUUGACUGGAGACGCUUUGAUUCGAAACGUGCGCUCAAUCCUUGAUGCCAACAUAUUGACGACGACUAGCAAGGAUUUGAAUGAGUCCUCCGAGUUGACGCUGAAUAAGACAUUGACAUGCAAGCGACUAAGAUUCCGACUUACGGCUCCACAAAUUGUGAAGAAUGCUGAAAAAGAAGCAGAAGCUGUCAGUAAUACGGUCACGCAUGAUCGCAAGUAUUACAUGGAAUGCGCUAUUGUACGAAUUAUGAAGACGAGAAAAGUACUGAAGCACAAUGCUUUGAUCAGUGAGGUGAAAAACGUUUUUUUUAUUGAAUUAGAGAGCAACUUUCGAUUGUUUAACCUCAUCAGUUCUCAAAUAUAGAA